CCUGGCCCUGGCUCAGUCUCAAUGGGGGCACUGGGGCUGGAGGGCCGGGGUAGGAGGCCCCAGGGGAAGGGAUGCCUCCUGCUGGCUGUCGCAGGAGCCACUUCCCUGGUGACCCUCCUGCUGGCUGUGCCUAUCACUGUUCUGGCCGUGCUGGCCUUGGUGCCCCAGGAGCAGGGAGGACUGGUAACAGGCACCGCUGACCCAGGCGCCCAGGCACAGGCCCAUCAGCAAUUUGAGUCCGGGGAGCUGCCAGAAGAGGAGGCAGAAACAGAUCUCAGCCCCAGGCUCCCGGCUGCCCAUCUCAUUGGCGCUUGGACCACGGGGCAAGGACUAGGCUGGGAGGCGAAGAAAGAAGAGGCGUUUCUGAGGAGCGGGACGCAGUUCUCGGGUGCCGAGGGGCUGGCCUUCCCGCAGGACGGGCUCUAUUACCUCUACUGUCACGUAGGCUACCGGGGCCGGGCGCCCCCUCCCGGCGGGGACCCCCUGGACCGCUCGGUCACGCUGCUCAGUCGGCUAUACCGGGCGGGGGGCGCCUAUGGACCGGGGACUCCCGAGCUGCUGCUCGAGGGCGCAGAGACGGUGACCCCGGUCUUGGACCCCGCCCGGAGGCACGAGUACGGGCCCCUCUGGUACACGAGCGUGGGGUUCGGUGGCCUGGUGCAGCUCCGGAGGGGCGAGAGAGUGUAUGUCAAUAUCAGUCACCCCGAUAUGGUGGACUACAGGAGAGGAAAGACCUUCUUUGGGGCGGUGAUGGUGGGGUGAGCGCUACGCCCGUCCCUAAAAACGACUACUGUGGGGUGGGAGUAUGUGGAUGAAUCAGCCCAGAUAUUGGGGACCCAGACACCAGGGACCCCAUGGCCGUGGGGAAAAUGUAGAAGACUGUUUGGAAACUGAUUUUGAGCCUGACGAAAAUAAAGAAGGCAAAGCUUUAAUGCUGCCAAUACAGA